CGCCGUUAGAAAUUUGAUGAGCACUGUCAAAAAUGGUCACGAUUUGCUGUCCCGCAUUCAGGCUGCACUGGCGGAUAUUGCGGAAUGCGAAAUUCAGAUUAGAAAAUUGGACAUCUAAGUCCACUGUCACUUUAAGUUUGUAACGAUGUCCAGUCGGCCGUCGCAACCAUAUCGUCGCGCUUCUGAGGGCAUUGCACAGUUUGACGUAUCGUCUACAUUUCAGAAAGAGCACAACCGUCUCCGAGAACGUCGUUCUGCCCGGUCACAAACGCAGCGUAUCACGCAGCCCGUGGAUAGUCCACCAACAGCGCGCGCACCCCCUCUUAAGAAACACGUGGAGGAACCGUUGACGAUAUUUGGAUUUUUUGUGACCUUUGUUGUGCAUUUAUGCCGAAGAUACGUGUUAUUCCAACCGCGGUUCAAAGCACCGCUGUAUUUAUUUAUCGUGUUCCUUGGUUCGUCGUUGGGGGACCUCUUUCGCCCUCAGAAAAGUCUGUACUUGGCUCGUCCGGGAAAUGCCGUAUCGGUGUGGCUUGUGCAGUUUGCACCGUAUUGGACCAUUCUGCUCCUCUUACCAUUUGUUCUGCUGACGUCAUACAUAUAUUGUGGAGGGAAAGUGAAGAAAAUCCUGCGGAACAUCUCGCGCUUGUUGAUUAUUUUCAUUGUUCACAAGUUAGUUUUGAGAUCCUUCGAUAAAUUCCAGACAUUCUCCGCGUUUUGCUCUAAUGAAGAUUACGGAAAUCAAAAGAGCUGUGUCGGACACGGCCACCGCUGGAUGUCGUUCGAUGUAUCUGAUGAUGCGUUCUCGUUGAUAUUCCUCACUCUGGUCAUUAUGGAGGAAUUGAUGUGCUUUUCUCGCUGGGAAGAACUGGACUAUGCGUUGAAAAGAUCGCCGAUGGAUGUGUUGGUGUCACCGGAACAAUCUAGCACGAAUGCCAUGUUCGUCAGGGAUCGGUAUUUUACGCUGAAUGGUGUUAUUCAGGCGGUGUUUAUCGCAUUGACUCUCCUUUGUAUCAUCUGGGAUGUGAUGCUUGUUAUGACCGUUUUUUACUAUCAAAGUUUGCCGCAGAAAUUGUCCGCAGCGCUGGUCGCUGAAGGAGUUUGGUUUGUGACAUAUCAUCUAUGGUAUCCGCGUGCGUGGCCUUAUCUGCCGGGAUUGGGAAUUAUCAGGAAUUUAAGGAUAGCAGCGCUUCGGAAAUUUUGAUCUACAAAUCAAAUGGGAUGAUUUGACUCAUUUGAGUGUAUAUUUCUGUUCAAUGUAAAAUGCGUUUUACGUUGCAUUAAUUACAGUUUUUGAUUGUAAGAGUGAUUACGUUCUGCAUAAAACUGUUAUAAUUAUGUAUAACUAUUGUCACUUUACAUUUUGAGAAGUGUCGUCGUGUUCGGAUGCGGUUGCUCAUACAUUAAGAUAGCAAAUGUGUGUGUUUAAUUUGUAAUUUGUGCACUUGUCAGUAUGGUCGCCUAACAGACUCACUCGUUUCUAUAAUUCGGGUUUGCUAAAAAAGUGAAUG